AAAACCUUCCACAUUUGAAGCAGUGCAGAGUGAAGAGUACCUCUCUGGCACUAGAAUUUAUAUAUUUUGUGAAAUAAAUAUUAUUUCAUUUGUUACUAAAUUUGCCUAUGAGAAAUGAGAACAGAUAAUAAUAAACUCAUGAAUAAAAGUGCAAAGCAUUUGAAAUGAAGGUUGAUCUAUGACGAUUGUGGGUGACUGAAGAAAAAGGUAGAAAGAAAGAAGGAUGUGGCAAUUGCUUAGCAAGCAGAUAGCAGAGUACAUGCUUUGCUUUGCUUCCUUCCACUAUAUUUCUUAUUUAUUUAUUUUGGGUUGUGUAUGAGAUGACAAUAAUUGUCAUGUGUGUGAAGUGCAGAACUUGCCUACAUUGCACUCACACGAGUAUGGAUCCAUAAAUAAAACACGUGAAAUUGUUUGUAAUUCACAUAAUCAUUGCAUUAACAGGUAUUUGCACAAAAAUUGUCAUAUUGCUUUGAUGAUGUUAAAGCCUGUGAUGAGUAAUCCCUAUGCUCAUGUACUUUGUAAAAGUUGUAAUGUGCCUGGUUGACUAGUUGUGAUUGUGCAAAUACGUGGUAGUAUAUAUGUUCACGUUAUUUCACAUUGUAUUUGAGGAAAUGGGAUCCAACGUGGAGCUGGUAUGGCCAGAGGCAGAGGUAUAUUCGUCACGGGUGAACAACUGCUCACAUGCAAAUUCAUCUCUAGCUGCAAUUCGAGCGAAGUUGAGUGCGGAACAAUUAGAACAAUUCAAGACAUCAUGCUUUGGCCAUCUUCUGAAUAUAGAUAAGAUUCAGUUUAGCGGACAGAUUGUGCAUGGGGUUGUGUUGCGUAGAGUAGCGGGGCAGGGUGUGAAAGACUUGGAUGGACUGAGUUUCUUAUUAGGGUGUGACGUUGCUCAGUUCACUCGUCAGGAUUUCUGUUUGAUCACAGGGCUUCGUUUUGGGGAAGUGCCUGAAGUUUCCAGUGGAGAGAGUAAUGAAAUCAGACUUCAGAAAAGAUAUUUUAUAGACGAAGGAAUUACAUGCAAUGCUUUAGAAGAAGCAUUUGUGAGGUGCACAGAGGAAGAUGACAUCUACAAGCUAGCUCUUGUUUACUUUGCUGAGUUAGUGGUUUUGGGAAGGGACAAACAUUUGAACAUCAAUCUAAAUUACCUGACCCUUGUAGAGGACUUGGAUGCGUUCAACAGGUAUCCGUGGGGUUCGGUGUCCUUUGACAAAACCCAAGACAGUCUAUUUUCUGCACCAACAAAGUAUGUGAAAAGCUUGGAAAAUGAAGAGGGAAGAGGGAAGGGGAAAAGUAAGGUAACGGGAACAAGCCAGAGAAAUGAGAAGGGCAAGAAGGAUAAGCAUGGUGAAGCGCAAAGGAGUGGCUGGAGUUUUAAAGGUUUCACGUAUGCUUUCCAGAUUUGGGUAUAUGAAUUAAUUCCUAGAAUGGCGGACCUGAAUUACUGCAAGGUUGUUGAUCCGACCGCUGUCCCGCGUAUUUUGCGAUGGAGAACUACUACGUCUGUUCCAGAGAUGAGAAAGUUGAACAAUUAUUUUUUCCAGAGCAAAGAGUCAGUUCAGUUGCGGGCGCUAUGUCCAAGUGAAGAGGAAAUGAGACAGCCAUAUUGGAGUUGGCCACAGGAUCGCCCUGCUGUUGUCUCGACAGAGUCAAUUCCUUCUUCAUGUGGUGAUCUUGAUGAGUUGAACAAGGUGGUCCUCAGUUUGAGCAGGAAGUAA